GCCCCCUCCCCAAUAUCAAUACCAGGAGGGAACAUUUACAUGUUUCGGCACCAGGCCGCCGAUACAUGGGGAUAACUCCCCGAGUUCAGUCCCGGGACUCCGCAGCAGACGUGGCCCUAGAGAAGGCGGAGCUGGGGGCCCCACGGUACUCCCGUCAUAGGAGGAAGACGAGGCCUGCCCUGUUCUCCGCGCCAAUGUCCCCCCACCCCUCGUACACUGCAGACCCCGAGCUGUGCAGCGCCUGGAGAUUCAGGACUUCCGCUUUCCUAGGCCGCGCUCUCCAGUCUCCAUGGUAACGGACCAUCUCCCCGCCCACUGACGUGCUACGUAAUCCGUCGUCCAGACGUCACUUCCGUCUUCCUUCUAGAAGCUAGGCGGCGGCCGUCUCGGCGCUUCGCUCUCCGCGAUACGAUGCCGCCGUCCGCUCUGAACCGGUUUCCCCGGAUUCCCCUCCGCACUGGAGGCGGCGCCCUGUACCAGCCCUGCCCCAAUAGGGCGGGAUGGGAGUGCCGGGGGGACGGGCCGGUGAGAAGAGGGAGCCGAGUAUACUGCCGCCAUAGGACGGAAAGAGGCCGCCUGCGGAGAGUGAUGGAGGAGGAGGAGGAGGGGCUAGUGUGUGUGUGGGCGGAGCUAGUAGCUUCAGGCGAUUCGGAAGAAAUUUUCUUUCGAGUUCCUUCCCGACGAAGAUGGCGGCGCUGAACCCCGUUACAGCAGGUGUCAUCAUCAUCCUGGCUGUACUACUACCCUCAUCAGACGGACGCGAUGUGCAGAGAGGAUCAGACAUCACUAGCUGCAGCAUGAAAUGCCCUGAUGAGAAAGCCCGCCUGAGUCUGUACAAAGACUGUGGCGGUGAUGAGACGUUUCUCGUGGAGCUGCGGUGUGAUGACAAGUCCAUCGGUAAUGUCACUGAGCCCAGAUUCCACCUGGACACAAGCAGCGGGUGCUGGACUCUGACAGGUGCCGGGGAGGAGGACUCCUGUGUGUACUCAGCUGUGGAUCUCCAUGGAACAUACCAGAGAGAUCUAACCAUCAAUGUCACAGAUCCUGUUCUCAUCACCAACAACACCAGUAACUCCAGCCGGCUGGGUGAGGACAUUGCUGUGAGCGUCAACUUCUCUGAGAUUACAGAUCCCGGACCCUCUUGGAUUCUUAUUUUUGGUGUUUCUGCUGGGAUUGGUUUCCUGAUAUUUCCCAUCGGUUGUCUAGUGCAGCGUCAUAAGAGGAUGAAGCUCAGGGAUUUGGAGAAUGAUGGGGGUAAUGAUCAUUCAGAAGAACAUGGACGACUGAGCAGCAGCUCCCCAGAUGCAGAUGAAGAGAAGAAGACUGGGUGGAGGCAUCUCAUGAACGUGAUCGGCAGACUAUGCAGGAACCGCCAAUGUGAAGAACCUCCGCAGAUAGAGAUGGAGGAGAAGAAAAGACUGACGACACCCCCAUAAGUCGCACAGAAGCCGUUAAUUUAUGAAUGUGCAAAAAAGACACUAAAUUCAUUUUUAAAACUUCUCCUUUUUAAAAAUAGUUAUAAAAAGUAAAAAAAAGAAGAAGCACUUUUCUUGGACACCUGGAUCUCUCAAUUACGGAGCUGUGCUGGACGCGGUUACAAGUCGCUGACCUCUGAGAGGCCGAGAGUCCUGUCUAAGGGCUCUUUCACACGAGCGGAUGCCGUGCGUGUCUUCCGCAGCCAAGCCCUGUACCGGACAGCAGAGACUCGGAGCAGUCACAUGACUGAUAACGCU